GCCCGUCUUGAGCCAAUCAGCUGCUGCAAGGGCGGGACUUCCUGCGCGAGGGCCGGAGGGGCUCCGCCGUCGGGCUUUCCGUGGUCCCGGCUCGCGUGGUGGUGGUGGCAAGGCGUCUCGGUGAGGAGGUGCGAGGGGCCAUGACGUCAGCGUCCACAAAGGUCGGAGAGAUCUUCUCCGCAGCAGGCGCUGCCUUUACGAAGCUUGGGGAGCUGACGAUGCAGCUGCAUCCCGUGUCCGACUCUUCCCCUGCGGGUGCGAAGUGGACGGAGACGGAAAUAGAGAUGCUGAGGGCUGCUGUGAAGCGAUUUGGGGACGAUCUUAAUCACAUCAGCUGUGUCAUCAAGGAACGGACAGUGGCUCAGAUAAAGGCCACCGUGAAACGAAAAGUGUAUGAAGACUCUGGCAUCCCCCUUCCAACUGAGUCACCCAAGAAAGGACCCAAGAAGCUGUCAUCUGGUAUCCUGUCACCUCCUCCAGCUGCCCCUCCACCCAGCAACUCCAGUGUCCCUGAGGCGGGGGGUCCUCCCAUAAAGAAACAGAAGGCUGAUGUGACACUUAGUGCUCUGAACGACUCCGACGCCAACAGUGACCUGGUGGAUAUUGAAGGGCUAGGAGAAACUCCUCCAACCAAGAAACUCAACUUUGACCAGGACAGCCUGACCUUGGAUUCUGGCCUUCUCACAACCUCCACUGAUGUUCCUCUACUCUCCUGCUGAGCCUUCCACCCCUGACCCUCACUGUUCACUCUGAACCUGUGGAUUGCCUGGAACCCGAGCAAGGCCUGCAUGAGAAAGGGUCAGAAGGCUGCUGAGGCCGUCUACUUGGCUGUUCCUGAUAACUAUCUGCUCCUAGCCCCUGACCUCUAUCUAAUGGACAUUUUUAUACAUAAAAUAAUAAAGAACUCUUAGCACGGUG